AAAAUAAUGAGAAAUAUUUUUAACUUAAAGAAAGAGAUGUUUCUUAACUAUGUAGUUGUUUAUAGCAAAGGAACUCAAAAAUAUGUUCAGAGUUAGUAAAUGGAGAUAAUUCUUAUUUCUUCCAACAGAUGGAAUUGCUACUUUUAUGUGUUAUAAUUUUACUUUUGAACAUAUUUGAUUUUUCAUCAGGAAUAAUGUAUAAUAUUAAAGGUGAUACGGAGAAACGCUUUGCUUGUUCUAGCCAAGGGUUCCCCCGGGAGAAUGAAAUCAUCAAGCUGUAUCUUUUCUCAGAUGACUUGAAAAUCCAGUGUUUUUUCCAAUCUGACAGCGAGGUUACUUCAGAGGGAUUUCUAAGCGUGUUCACAUCAGGAGGACUUGCUCCCAGCAUGGUAGUCACAAACAGCACAUAUACUGGAAUCUUCCACUUUAAUUUAACUUUGUUCAGUGAUCGGGUUUACUGGCUGAUUGUUAUUCCCAGAGAAAACAUUACCAAAAAUAGAGAUGUUGCAUCUGUAGAAGAAUGGUUAGUAAGAAUUACUUUGCAACAUGGAUUAAAUAUUUAUGCUACCGAAGGAACGCUGUUGGAUAGAGUCCGAGAACCUAUUAUUCAGUGGAAACUUGGGGCUGUAAUGACAAAAAAGGCCCUCCGGGAGGUGUUUCCGUAUGUGGUAGACCUGAAAGUAACCAAGUGCCCCUGUGCCAAUGACGUCGCGCUGCUUGGCUUCCUUUUGAACUCGAGGCACAACGGUGUCUACAUAGGCCUCAGCUAUUCUGGAUUUUGGAGUUAUAAUGAUACCCGGUGGUAUAACCUGACAAAUAUGGUCUAUUCCCAAGUUGGAGAAGGGCACAAAGAGCUUACGAUAGUGGAUAUGGUUUUAACCAACCAUUUCUUAGUGAUCCUCACCUCUCUGGGACUUUUUGUAAGUCGAGACCUUCGUCAUCGAUCAACCCCUGUCCUAAUGUUUACAAGGGAAGACUUUUGUGGUUUUGAAAGGGCCGACUACAUCAAAGGAAGGCUGUGGUACACUGAAAGAUGUUUCGCUAACAGGGAGCACUUUGAAGUUGACUAUAUUACUGUCACCUUUGAGAGAAACAGGACUUUAAGUGAGGCAAGCUCUUGUUUUUAUAGCAAAGAGCCAUUUUUGGAAUGGUUAUCUUGCUUACCUCAGCUUCCAAGAAGUAAAACGAUCCUUCCAACUGUAAUAACAUUUCUUGUGGACCACGAUUAUAAUUCUGGAGUCCACCUCUUAAAUGAAGAGGUAGGCCUUGCAAUCAUGGCCUGUGCAUACUCCCUAAGAAGUAACAAACUAAGGUUGAAACUGAAAUUCCCAGUUUUCACGUUCCCUCCAUCGUUCUCUCCCGUGGGAAUGAAGUUCCACCCACGAAGCCAUUUCCUCUACGCCUAUGGCAAUCAGGCCUGGCUUUCCGUCGACGGUGGCAACACUUUCGACUUGCUAGCGGACUUUCAUGACGAUAUCAUAAAGAAUACUUACCACAGUUUCUACACUUCCGACAUUACUUUCGUCACCCAACGCGGACACGUUUACCUGACGAAGGCAGGAUUAGAAACCUACAGUAAAAUUGGAUCUAUUACUGAUAGAGUUUUCACAUUAUACUAUGACCACAUGGGAUUCAUACAUAAACUGACUCCAAGGAGUUUUGAAGCUGGUGGGACACUUGGAGCCUUUGGACAUUCUACAGCUAUUUUUGGACAGCCUGCUGAUAUGGGCUUUGAGACUGCACUCGCCCCGCAGUAUAUCACCGUAAAUGAAAUGGUCUUUUUUGCGUAUGUGCCCGAGAACGAACCUCAGAAAACUAUAUACACCAAGAAGUUCAACAACAUUCACACUGGAAAAGUGAUACAUUCCAGGAAAAGUGGACAGGCUCUCAUAACAAGGAUAUUGGAACACAACACUCCGAAAGGAUUUCUGUCCGCAGUUAUUACAGAAAUAAUCGAACCUUUUGCACUAGAAGAUGUGAGUGAGAGUUCUUGUUUGUCUAGUACCCUUUCCAUUAAUCAACUUGGAGAUUUCUAUAAACUCACUCUUCAAUUGCCAGGUGUGUUUUCCUCAUUUCAAGACUCGGAUAUAGAGAAGACUGUGGUGAUUCCUCAGUACAACAGCUUCCUGAUCACAAGCGUUCUAGAUCGUAGGAAUGCUUUGGCUAUCGCUACCAUGCCUGGAAGAGCACCCAGCAACAUAACUUUUGUAACAGGCUCCUGGUUCUUAUAUAACUUUGGACAAAGGGCAGGCCGAACAUGGGAGAUAUAUACAAGACCAUGUAAUUACUGGUUUCAGCAACAAGAUGACUUGCUAUCCCUCAAUGUCCUCAAAUACCUUGAUCUGGGGAACUCUCAGACUUUGAAAGUUAAGGUCAUACCCAGCACACAAGGUGUUCGAAUACUUAAAGCACCACUACUGAAAGUAAUUGUUGGAAACCCAAAUUUGUUAGAAGUUAAAGUUGAAGGCACUUUUGAUGAUACUGAUAGUUACCUACUGGAAGCUUCUAUAACUAGCAAAAUUUUACUUCAAGGUUCAACCUCACUGGCAUUCGUUAUCCUGGAAGCAUCGACGGACUGCUUCGCCACCACAUUCGUGCCAAUGUUGAAAAGCAGCUGCAGUUAUCUCAAGUCUCUGCAUCACACUCCUAGUAAAUUUAUCCCCAUGGAAGACUGGAUCCGUGGAGUUCACAAGGACAGUCAGGGUUUUAACAUGAUCAAAACUUUGCCGGUAAACUACAGGCCUCCAUCUAAUAUGGGAAUUGCCAUUCCACUUACAGAUAAUUUUUAUCAUGCAGACCCCAGCAAACCCAUACCAAGAAAUCUCUUUCACAAGUCAAAGAAAGCUGGUAAAUUCAAACAGUGUGCUCAUGUGUCUACUCGGGAGGAGUGUAACUGCACAAAUGAUCAGAAGUUUUCAUAUGCUGUCGCUUUCUCAGACUGCAGAGAAAAGGUUCCUCGUUUUAAGUUUCCAGUUAGACAAUAUCCAAUUUCUCUGGAAAUUCACAGUGAGGAUGGACGUACCCCAAUGAAAUCUCCGUAUCUGGUUACUGUGAUAGAAGUGAAUCAGAGGAAACACUGGGAAAUUAAACACAAUGUACCAGAAAGUGUGCAAAAACUGAAAGAUUACUUAGAAUCUAUUCUUCAUGUUCCAGUAUAUAAUCCUUCAGGCCUCAACUUAAGCAUAAAGGGCUCUGAGCUUUUUCACUUCAGAGUGUCCAUCAUUCCGGGAGUCACUUUCUGUAACUUGGUGGAAGAGUUUCAGAUUUAUGUCGACGAAGUACCGUUGUCGUUUCCAGGACACACGCUUAUUGCCAUCGCAACUGCCGUGGUGCUGGGGGGGUUGAUUUUUAUAGCAUUUAUGUUUCAAAUACAUAGUGGCUACUCGUUGGAAAGCCCCCCGCAUUCAGGUCACACUCAGCGGGCCCGUGACCCUGUAUGCCCCAGGCAGCCCCAGGCUGCAGGGGCAGGUGUUCCUGGCCUGACAUUUUCACACACUGCCACUGUGUGCCUAAGCCCCACCCCGCCACCACUUCCAUCCCUGGGUCUCCAGUUCGAGUUAAAAAUCCGCAGCGAGAACCGGCUGGAGCCUGAAGCAGAUGGUUACCGAGAUGGGUCAGCUGUGGUCGGGACAGGGUCGAGCAGCUCAGACCUGGCCCUGCUGUUCCUUAGGACCAUCCCCAAAGAAGAAAACCAUUUUCCAGCCUGGCAGCGCGUCCACGGGUGGGGAACAGGAAACGUCGGCGCAGCCUGUGGAGAGGAGAGGACGUGGGACAGUGAAAAUGGGAGCCCUGGGCCCACUGCGCGGCUCUGCGCUGGACGGGAGGGGACAGAGCUGGGGCUGGUGGGCAAGGCUGGGGGGGACAACAUCCCUCCUUCCGCCUCAAGGCAGUGCGCACCCCACGGCCGGUCAACGUCAGGCCUUCUCCCCUGCAGCUCCCAGUGCGCAGCCGUGGCCCAGGAGGGGGGACAGGGUGCAGCUUGUCCCUCGGCUUAG